GCACAUCUUCUCCUCCUGGUAGGAUGUGGAGAUGUCACAGGAGAGAAGGUCGACAGGAAGCCCAACUUCGUCCUGAUGAUGGUGGACGACCUGGGAAUCGGGGAUGUCGGAUGCUACGGUAACGACACCGUCAGGUCAGUUCUAUUCGUGAUGCUUACGUUUCUGUGUGCCUCUUCCCCUUUGGCGUGCCCAUUGUCUGCUCCAUUGAUUCCAUUUUCUGACACCUCCUAUUCAUUGUUAUCUCUCCCAGGCGUAAGUAAUCCUGUAACUCGCCUGCACUCAGCCUCAGCCGAGCGAAUAGACAGCUCGCUGAGUUUAUACCUUUUGCGUUCGGGCACGACAGUAAAGUGAAUAACACGAUUCAGAGUCCAUUGCUUGUGUAACCUUGGAGGUGUAAUUGAUCAAAUGAAUUAUGCUCUCACUCUAUUUAGUGUGUCACAGUCCCUCCCGUGAGCCAGCAUGUCCAAUGCCAAGACUCUGGCCCCCCUAACUAGAUCAGGGCCAUAAUGAAUGUUAUUAUUUACACCGGAGUUCCCCCUGCAAUGACAUGUGAAAUGGCUGCUGGGAAAAGGACCCACACAGCAGCGGGCGUUGCAGACGCACCUGCCGGAGAUCCGCGCUCACCGAGGACACCUUUCUAGUUAACAUGGUCUUUUAUCACCAUCACAGCCGGCGUAUUGCAUCAUGUCAGGACUCCGAACAUAGACAGACUUGCUUCUGAGGGGGUCAAGUUGACUCAGCACAUUGCGGCCGCUCCCCUGUGCACCCCGAGCCGGGCCGCUUUCAUGACGGGCCGCUAUGCGCUGCGCUCAGGACUGGCAAGCGCAGGCGGCGUGCAGGUGCUGCUGUUCCUUGGUGGUUCAGGGGGGCUGCCAGCAUCUGAGACCACCUUUGCUAAAAGGCUGCAGCUAAACGGAUACACCACCGGCCUAGUGGGUAAGUGGCACUUGGGUGUGAACUGUGAAACGAGGGGGGACCAUUGCCACCAUCCAAACCAGCACGGCUUCAGCUAUUUCUACGGCCUGCCGUUCACUCUGUUCAAUGACUGUGUGCCCGGAGAAGGGAGCGACAUCAUGGCAGGUAUCCAGCAUGCACUGGCAAAUCUGACCGCAAUGCUUGGAGUUGGACUCUUGUCACUGGUGUGUGUGCGUGUGUGUGGCCUCCUUGAAGUCCGCCUGGGGCUGUUGGUAGCGCUUGGCCUUCUCAGUAUCCUAGCAGCCGCUGUGUGGUACGUACCCUUCAAACAGCUGCGCACAUGGAACUGCAUCAUCAUGAGGAACCAAGAAGUGAUCGAACAGCCGAUGACAGUGGAGACGCUGCCCCACAGGCUGCUGGAAGAAGCACAGAACUUUAUAAAGAGGAAUGUCGAUCGUCCAUUCCUCCUCUUCUUCUCAUUGGCCCAUAUCCACACGCCGCUCUUCAAAACGCCCGCCUUUGCUGGCAAAAGUCGCCAUGGUCGCUACGGUGAUAACAUAGAAGAAGUGGACCGGAUGAUCGGUAAGAUUACAGAGACGGUGGAGUCCCUCGGCCUCGCCAACAACACUCUGAUGUACUUUACAUCGGACCAUGGUGGACACAUAGAGGACGCUGAUUCCACGAUCGGCCAGAAAGGAGGCUGGAACGGCAUUUAUAAAGGUGGGAAAGCUAUGGGAGGCUGGGAAGGGGGGAUCAGGGUGCCUGGUAUUUUCCGCUGGCCUGGCCGACUGGCAGCUGGAAGAGUGGUGGACGAGCCUACUAGCCUCAUGGACCUGUAUCCAACGCUGAAAUAUUUGGCCGAAGACACACAACCAGACAGACAAUCAGAUGGCUUUAACCUAAUGCCGCUGUUGGAGGGAAAGGUCGAGCGAUCUGAGCAUGAAUUCAUGUUCCACUACUGUGGAAUGUACCUGAAUGCGGUACGCUGGCACCCGGCUGGAACUGACUCGGUCUUCAAGGCGCAUCUUUUCACCCCUAACUUCUCUCCCCCGGGAGCCGGCGGCUGCUACGACACCAAGAUCUGUUUGUGUCACGGGGAGCACGUGACCCACCACAACCCGCCGCUGCUGUACGACCUUUUCCGCGACCCCUCCGAGUCCCGCCCGCUGACCCCUGACGCUGAGCCGCGAUAUGCCGAAGUCCUCGAGCAGACCACCAGGGCUGUGGAGAGACACAGAGAUUCCCUCACAAAGCAGCAGCUGUCUGAGGGUCCUGGUCCGCACGCAGGGGCCCAAAGCGCCCAGAGCCAGAUGACAUUGGACAGGAUUCUGUGGAGGCCCUGGCUCCAGCCCUGCUGUGGGACUUUUCCCUUCUGCGGCUGCAAAGAAGACACUGCACACGUUUAAGUGGCAGUACUUUUGUCCGUCCUGGUGUAAGUGAAAGCGAUGGCAUUUCUUACAGCCUAUUAAGUCUUUUCGUUGAUGAGCUUGAACCUUUUAGAUUUAUGUGUAUAUUUGCAUUUUGUUUGUACACAAUAAAGUAAAACUGUAACACGUGGAUGUUUUUCAGAUGCUAAUUUUAAAAGUAUUACAAUAAUUGAAUCAGUAAGCUAUUGGCUCAAUCACCAGUUUGUCAUCUCUUUUAAAAAUAGAGGUUUGUUGCCACUUUAAAACAGCUCUGUCAAAACAGCUCUGACAUAUUUAGCUGGCCUUUGUCAAAUCUACUGAAAACAUUGUGAUAUAUAUAUAUAUAACAGUUAAAAGUUAGCUGUUUUACUAUUGUGUCCACUAAAGAUUAUGAAGUGAUGAUGUAAACUGACACUCGACUAGUGAGGGACAUUUCAGGGCAGGAAGACUAAAGAUGUGGUUCAGGAGUUUAUUUUGACUGUUUGCCUUUAGAGGGCAGUGUCUGACUGAUGGGAGGAAAGUCAGCUGUGCUUUGUGUUUGAAUUUUGUGAUAAGAAUAUUACCUCCAAAUAAUUUUUACUUUUUUAGUAAUAGUAGCAGCAAUUCUGUCCUUUUUUCCUAUUUCCACUCUAAAGUGUACUAUGGGGCUUUUCUUCCGUCAUUUCUUAUGUAUCCAAAUAAUUUGGCUGACAGUAAGAUAUCUUUUUGAGCUCAUAAAAAAAGAAUAAUAAUUCAUUGUCUUCUCCGUCGGGAUUGUCAAACGCAGGGUGACCAAAAGGACACCCUGCGGCCCCUAAAAUCUUCAUUUAUAAAAGACUGCCUGAACUUUUCCAUAA